GUACGUGAUUCUGUGCCACCCAGUCCAGAAAUCUGUCUCGUCUGCCAACUACUGUGGUGACGUGCGCCUGUUACUGCUGUGGGCCGAUUGACGUGGGAAAAAAGGAAGCUAGGAGGACAUCGUUGUUGUUUGUUUCACCGAGAAUUGGUUUGGCAUUGUGGCUCAACGAACCUAGCGGUUUGUGACUGACAGCUUCCAUCACCACCCUCCGCCGCAGGUGCGCGGAACACGGCACAUAGGGGAGGGGGGACACAGUUUCCUCCCCUGGGUUUGGAAUGAUGCUCCCACAGUUUAUUCCGACCCUUUGUGUAGAUUUGCCACUCACAAAUCGAGUUACAAAGUAUGAAAAAAGAACCUGUUUUCAAAACAGAGCUACAAGUAAUUAUUUUUAAGUUGAUUCUUGAAUUUGAAAAUUCAGAGGAAACUAUCACAUAAACCAUAAUCCUGGAAAUAAAUUAUUUUGUCAAGAAUGAAGAAGGGGGCAAUGUGUAGAGUCGUGGACAAUUGCAAGUGGCAUGUGAUCUUUUCUUUCAUAAUUUUGUUUUGCUGGACUUUUCAAAUGUGUGGAAAUUGAUAAAACGUUGGGUUUUUUUUUUACUGGAGCAUACUUUUAGAUUCGUAGAGAUUCGCCCCAUAAUCAGUUCUAGAUCUGUAAUUCCAAAUAUUGCAACAAGGUUGUGUUGACUCUCGCAGAGACGUGGAGUCGUAUGGGAAGAGUCAUGAACCCAACCACCAUGUUGGCCUUUUCUACAACUGAGAGCAAAUCGUCUUUUCUGAGGGUUAUUUUUUCUCUUUUUCUCACAUCCUUGUUGUUACCCCAACCCAAUCAAAUGACGUAUGCUUCCAAAAAUAAACCAAAUGAGGUCUUCAAACGAGUCAGCCAUCUUCUGAACCGCCGAGAACUGAACAAAAUGACCAAAGAUUCCCUGGAGGAGUUGACCACUAGGGUCACCAUCAGCUACGAGACAGGACGGAAAGGUUUUCAGUACGUUGACUUGCUCCAUGACGCGAUGUCAGCUGAAAGCACAAGAUUUGAUGACUUGGAGGACCCCUCGCUGAGGUUGUGGUCUAUUAGAGCCUUCAGAAUAGACGGCCACUCCAAGCAGACAGUCAACUUCCGGGGUUGCUCGAUGUGUGGCAGGAAUCAGCAGACAACGUCCAAGGGCGAGAACUCCAGCGGUUCCGGAAGUCCUGAAGGCUCCGGCGGAAGCGGAAACCGGAAGCCGUGCAAUGUAUCGAGGGUGGAGUUUCUGGUGCCGCUCGUCAGGGAAGAAGACGGGAGAGUGGAGAUACCCGCGGGUUUUGACGCCAUGGUGGAGGUCGCAGGUCGCAUGGUGAACACAUCCCGCGGCACCGUGCCCAUCUCCCGAGCUGCCAUCUUUGACCUGACCCCAGUUCUCCUGACAGCGAGAGACGCCGGGGAGUUGCCCGCCGAGGGAAGCGAUCCCCUGAGCGUCACGAUCCACGCCAACUCGUGCUGCCCACUGCACAUCCGGCGCGCCAUGCUGUUCGAGUACUGCAACAUGAACCACAGCGUCGUCGAUCGCUUCUGGGGCCAUGUGGACGGCUCUAGUCACCGAGGACGGAGACAUCUGGAAGUAGACGAAGCCAGGUACAGGAACAUUGAGGACCCCCCUGGUUCGUACGGUGAAGAAGUUGGAGAGGAGGCCGAUCACAGCCAGCUGUCUUCCCUUGAACAACUCAACGACGGGGAGAUGGCGUCUCAGAAGAAUGGAACAUUCACUGCUGGUGAAAGUGAAAGUAGUACGGAGGGUCUCAUGGGCGUAGGAACACAUCGAGGGAAUAGGACUACUCCGGUUUCCGUGGCGAGAAAGCCUCGCGAUUCCCCCCAAAGAGCCCAGAAGUUACAUCAUCAAAAGGGCCAUGGUUAUCAUCAUCGUCCCGGUCGUCAUCGUCAUCGUCGUCAUCGUCGUCAUCGUCGUCAUCGUCGUUCAGAAAUGCCGUGCCGUAGGGUGAGCGACUUCGUGGAUAUGUCUCACCUGCUGGCCGCCCAAAGCCUGGUCAGACCCCGUGGCCCUGUGGACAUCGGGCUGUGCUCCGGCUCCUGCAAGAGCGGGCUCCUGGUGGAGAAGCUGGACGCUUACAUGACGGGCCACUCGGUCAUGCGCAACCAGUUCUGUCGCCUGUUCCCGCGCGAGUGUGUGAGGGACUCCAUGUGCACGCCCCACCGCAUGUCCAGCGUGUCUAUCACACGCUUCACGGAGUACGGGUUCGCAACCGACGUACUGUACAACCUCAGAAUUACUUCCUGCCGCUGCACGUGACCGCUAGGGGAAGCCAGGUUUGUUCAUUGUAGCUGUUGUCUGGGUGGAGAUCACGACGUACUGUACAACACAGUGGAAAUUGUACAACCUGAGAAUUACCUUCUACUGCUGCACGUGACCGCCAAGAAGCCAGGCUGUAGCAGACAACGUGAGCUAGUGCCUGGGUGGAGAUCACGACGUACUGUACAACCUCAGGAUUACCCCCUCCCGCUGCAUCUGACCGCUGGGGGGUGAGGGGUUGGGGUGGAGCCAGGUUAAGACAUUGUUGCAGACGACGGGAGCCGUUGCCCAGGUGGCGAUCACGACGUCCUGUACAACCUCAGAAUUACCCCCUGCCGCUGCACAUGACCGCUGGAUGAAGCCAGGUUUGUACAUUGUAGCAGACGACGUGAGCUGUUGCCUGGGUGGAGAUCACGUGACCGCAGGGGGGAAGACCAGGUUUGGACUUUGUAGCAGACAACGUGAGCUGCUGCCUGGGUGGAGAUCACGUGACCGCAGGGGGGAAGCCAGGUUUGGACUUUGUAGCAGACGACGUGAGCCGUUGCCUGGGUGGAGAUCACGUGACCGCAGGGGGAAGACCAGGUUUGGACUUUGUAGCAGACGACGUGAGCUGUUGCCUGGGUGGAGAUCACGUGACCGCAGGGGGAAGACCAGGUUUGGACUUUGUAGCAGACGACGUGAGCUGUUGCCUGGGUGGAGGGAGUCAUGACGAACUGGGGGAACAGAUGCGGGUACUUCUCACGCACGGGUUGUUUGGUGUCUUCGUUUUGCGGAGACUAUGCGUCAAUCUUACGACUUGAAGAACUGGGUGUCUUCAGAGGAAGUGGCAGACCCAGCUUGGUACAGGGGACGGAAAGACGGGCUAUUCACCAAAUGAACACCUGAACGAUCAUCAGCAGAUGGACUCUGGGGUGGAUAUUGGAGCGGGGAGCGGAGCACACAUGGCAAUGCCUGGAGUGCUAGGAUGUUGUUCCCAGGAUCAAGUAAUCAAGUUUUGCUGGAGCCAAGCCAUGCGUGAUUCAAUUGGUGUGAGGGGUUCCCAGUGGUGGUUGUUGCCUUCGGGAAAGCUAUCCAGCAUCAGUCCCUUUUCUCUGCCCUCUCGAAGAUCAAUCCCCCCCCCUACCCCAAUCCAUGAUCCUACCCCAAUCCACCAAAGAAAAAGAAGCACAUCAACCCAGUUAGAACUGCA